AGAGAGGAGAUGCAAGGGAGGGAGUAAUAUAUCAGGGAGGGUGGAAAAGAGAGGGAUAAGCCACACUUGAAUGACGGGUUCCAGCAGAGUGAGCAGUUACGUGUGGUGUUAAACUGAUUCAUCCACAUCUCUGUGAUUGUUCACACUGACGUAGACUCAUGGACCUGGAACACGUCAGGCCCUCGGCUGACGUGGAAGGACAAGAACUCUUCUUCUGCCAAACAACCACUUGAACCAUCCUGAGACUUCACAGAAUUCCCACACUUGGUCUACGCCAGCUGUGGACCUGAUCUGGAAUGACUCAGACCAUCAGGACUGAAGUCCAGCAGAUGUUGGAAGAAGUUCAGUUAUAGACUCGGUCUCUACUGGAGGUGCUAUGGAUCUGUCCAAAUGGUUACUUAUGAUGAGCUUAUUCUUCUUCAGCUUUCACUCACAAGUGUUUUCUCAGCCUAGACCUCAGGCCCAUGCUGAAGAGAGGCUGCUCCAGGACCUGUUUCUACAUUACAAUAAGCUUUCCCGUCCAGUGAAGAACACUACAGACACUGUGUUUGUCCACUUUGGUCUGUCAAUUGCUCAGCUUAUUGAUGUGGAUGAGAAGAACCAGAUGAUGACCACAAAUGUCUGGGUCAAGCAAGAGUGGAACGACUACAAACUCCGCUGGAACCCGGAGGAAUAUGAAAACGUCACCUCCAUCCGAAUUCCCUCUGAGAUCAUCUGGAGGCCUGAUAUUGUCCUUUACAACAAUGCUGAUGGUGACUUUGCAGUAACUCACCUCACAAAGGCACAUCUGUUCUACGAUGGCCAGAUAAAGUGGAUGCCACCAGCCAUUUACAAGUCUUCGUGUAACAUUGAUGUCACCUUUUUCCCAUUUGAUCAGCAAAGCUGCAAGAUGAAGUUUGGUUCGUGGACUUAUGAUCGUGCCAAAAUUGAUCUGAUCAACAUGGCCAGCGAUGUGGACCAGAUGGACUACUGGGAGAGUGGAGAGUGGGUCAUCAUGAAUGCAGUGGGAAAAUACAAUACCAAGAAGUACGAGUGCUGCACAGAAAUCUAUGCGGACAUCACUUACUAUUUCAUCAUUCGUAGACUUCCACUGUUCUAUACUAUUAACCUGAUUAUCCCCUGUCUACUAAUCUCCUGUUUGACUGUGCUGGUGUUUUAUUUGCCAUCACAGUGUGGAGAGAAGAUCACCUUGUGUAUCUCAGUGUUACUGUCCCUAACCGUGUUUCUCCUGCUGAUCACCGAAAUUAUUCCAUCCACAUCACUGGUGAUUCCACUGAUUGGAGAAUACCUGCUCUUUACCAUGGUUUUUGUCACACUCUCCAUCAUAAUUACUGUCUUUGUGUUAAAUGUGCAUCACCGAUCACCUCAAACUCAUGGCAUGCCUCAGUGGGUGCGUCGAGUGUUCUUAGACUUGGUGCCUCGAGUCCUCUUCAUGAAGCGUCCCCCAGGCACAGCCAAGCAGCACUGCAAGAAGCUUAUUGAGAUGAUGUACCGUCCAACUACAAUAUCAGCAACAGGGAACUCCCAGGCAUUUUGGGCUGGGUUAGAAACAGGACUGAGACAGAUGGGUCAAGCUGAGAAAGCACUCCCCAAAACUCCAAAUGAUAGCCCUAAAAUCCUUGUCUCUUCCCCUUCGCCAACUUCCUCACCGAUUCAAAAACCUAACUCAAAAGAACCUGCACUGAAGGCAAGCAUUUUCCAUCAGUCCCCACCAGGUAAAUAUUCAGUUCUGUCAGAGAACCAACCCCAACAUGGUUCAGCAGCAUCGUCCUCACAACUGUCCUUACCCCCAACAUCGUCACUGUGCCCUUUUCGGAUCCAGUCCAAAGAAGAACCAAAAGCACUGGCUCCAAACGGCCGUUCACACAGCGUGGAGCAAAUGUGUAACCACCACAGCGAUAUUUCCCAAACAGCUGGGCAUUUGUGUCGCUCCCACAGCUUCCAGUACUGCUAUCUACACGAUGAAGCUCCUACAAUCAAAGGGGUGGCAGGGAAAUUAAAGAAAGUGGUGCCUGCAGAACACCUGGAGGAGCCCAUCACACCAAAGUCCACAAAAAAUGCGAGUACUCAGCAGCACACUGUGGUCAUAUCCCCCGCUAUGCAGCAGGCCAUAGAGGGAGUUCAGUACAUCGCGGACCAUCUCAGGGCAGGGGAUGCAGACUUUUCAGUGAAGGAGGACUGGAAGUACGUGGCGAUGGUCAUUGACAGGAUUUUCCUCUGGAUGUUUGUCCUGGUGUGCAUACUGGGAUCUGUGGGGCUCUUUCUUCCCCCUUGGCUGGCUGGAAUGAUCUAAAACCUUGCCGUCAAAUAUAAAUGGACAGAAACUCUAAAUAGGAAAUUGAUAUUGUCUUUUUUAAGUGUUUAAUUUAUAUUACCAGUUCUUCUUUUUCCAGGAUAA